GGUCACUGUACUGGGCGGCCCGAAUUGGGAACGCGUCGGUUUUCACUGGCGGCAAAAAAAUUUUCUCAGAAUCACCGCCGAAAUUCGACAAGUCCAUGCAAAAUGGUUUAAUCAGUUAAUCCUGUAGGGCACUCGCCUCCUGAAGUUCACCAACGUCAAGUGCAUGGACUUGCCCACAUCCCGUGGCUUCACCAAAUACGAAUACUGUCGCCUGAAGGUGGUGCGCAGGAAUCAGGUGGAGCUCUCCCUGAAGGUGAGCCUGUUGCAGAUCCCCAUCCGGAACCUGACCACCAGAUUGCAGUGCUUCCAAAGGCGGGAUGGCUAUCGACCCUUCAUGUACAACGUACUCUUUGACUUCUGCAAGCUUAUGGCCAGCAGGAACUACGACCUGUCCUUCGAACGCUUCAUCUUUGAUGCUAUUCGGAAGCAGAGUAACUUCAAUCAGACGUGUCCUUGGAAGGAGAACCACAUGACGGUUGAGAAGUUCGCCCUGGAUUUCACACAGAUCAGCAUGCCAGUGCCCGCGGGAACCUACCGCCUGGAUUUCACCUUUUACGCCUACGGAGUCGCUCGUACAUUGACACAGGUGUUUUUCGAGAAAAGCGAGUGACGCCCGCGUUCGUCACAAACCUGAUCUUCGUUUUGUUUUUUUGGCGCCCCAGAUUGCGUAAGUUAGGAGCUCGGAAUACAGUCAAUAGAACGGCUGUGCUACGAUUAAUUUGCAUAC